CACCGAGCGAGUCUCCCCGCACACACUGAUGCUGCUUCCGAAGGAGCAGCGUUGCGUGGUCCGCCAACCAUAACUCAGCUGGAUGGAAACGGAGGAGGACUAGGAGCUCAAUCCGUUUCCCUCUUGACCAAAAAAAUGUUUAGUUGUACUUCAGAAAUGGAGUAGUUAAGCGGGGGGAAAGGGCUAUCGACUACCAAGGGUCAGAAGACUGCUUAAAGUGUGUGAUCCAGAGCAUGGAAACGGGGUUGCGCCGUUGGGUAAAGUAACAACGAGAUGACUGUCCGGCAGCAGGCGAACCGACUGUAGGCUCUUGUCUAACUUUGGGGGCAUGAUGCUGCGCCUGCUGUGCCAGGUCCUGUCUCUGCUGGUGGUGGGGCACUGCACUGCGGUCAAGAACUGCCACCAUGGGUGCCGCUGCGAGGUGGAGAACUUUGGCCAGUUUGACAGCUUCAGCCUGACCAGGGUGGACUGCAGCGGGCUGGGCCCCGCCGCCUCUAUGCCUGUCCCCAUCCCCCUGGACACCACGCACCUGGACUUGUCGUCCAACACCAUGGGCCCGCUGAGCGACUCCAUGCUCACCGGGCCGGGCUACACCACCCUGAUCAGCCUGGACCUCAGCAGCAACCACAUCACCGAGAUCAGCCCGAAUGCCUUGCGCAGGCUGCGUUACCUGGAGAACCUGGACCUGAGGGACAACUCCCUGGAGAGCCUUUCCUCCAGGGCCCUGGCCGGGCUCCCUCUGGCGGAGGUGGACCUCAGCUACAACCGCUUCCAGAACUUUGACAUGGACGUGUUUGCCACCAAAGUCAACGGCGAGCCGGUCAUCGUGGAUCUGUCUCACAACCAGAUCCGCAGCGUUACCCGGGGCGACCAGGGGGGCGUGCCCUUCAUCCAAAGCUUAUCUCUGUCGGCCAACCACCUGACGGACAUCCCCGCGCUGGGGGGCCUCCCGCUGCGCUACCUGAACCUGGACGACAACCCCAUCGUCUCCAUCCCGGAGGGGGCCUUCUCGCAGCUCAAGGACCUGGUCCACCUGUCCCUCAGCGGGAUGAGCCAGCUGCGGGACGUCCAGCCCUAUGGGUUCCAGGGCCUCCAGAGCCUGCAGGUGCUGGACCUCUCGGAGAACCCCGAGCUCAAGACGCUGAGUCUGGCCGUUUUCAGCGGGCUGGGGUCCCUCCAGGAACUGAACCUUUCCUACUCGGGGGUGCUGUCGCUGCCGGGGAACAUGCUGGCCCACCUGCCCAGCAUCAAGAGCAUCACGCUGGGACAGGGCAUCCAUUGCCGGAGGACGCAGAAGCAGGGGCAGUUCCACUGGCAGCUGGGCCAGGUGACGCACAACGAUGUGCUGACCUGUAAUGUGGACGGUGUGAUGGUGUGAGGCGGGGGAGGAAAGACGAGAUGUCACAGAGAAGAGAUUUCGGUGGUCACUUUGACAUUGAACAAUGUCUUUUGAGAUCGAUGAAAACCUCCCUCUCUGUAAAUGUUAUAGGUCUACAAUGCUAUAGAUAUUUAUUUUGUUUAAGGAAAAAGUAUCUCUCCCUGAAAUCUGAUGAAACAGUGUUGCAAAAUAGGUAUAUUUAAUUAUGUGGAAAUUACACCAUUUUAGAUGCUGGUGUUUAAUUUUUUAUGAUUUUGUAAUUUGCACCUUUAUAAUUUAUCCGGGAUUUUAUUAACCCACACAUUGCCAAAGAGUACCGCAAUGUAACUUCGGAACAUUGCUUUAAAUAUCCACAAUGGGGAAUGUCUACACAUUUUGACCACUAAGGAUUGUUCUCAAUAUCCAUAUUUACACUGAGACACAUUUACACAUAGACCAUGAGAAAGUUACAUACUCCGUUGCCACACAAUACCAAAGAGUACCGCAAUGUUACUUCGGAACAUUGCUUUAAAUAUCCACAUUAGGGAAUGUCUACACAUUUUGACCACUAAGGAUUGUUCUCAAUAUCCAUAUUUACACUGAGACACAUUUACACAUAGACCAUGAGAAAGUUACAUACUCCGUUGCC